CCACGACGCGCCUUUCCUGGCUCGCCGCGUGCGUGCUCGGCACCGCCCUGGUGCAGGAGGACGCUUUCGAGGAUCUGCUGGAUUACGCCUCGGGCGGGUUCGGCGGCGCGCUGUCAGGCUCCCCGCUGCUGCUGGGAGACGGCGAGCCCGAGCCGGAGUCGCCCUUCGACGAGCCCAGCCUCGACGCCGAGGACGUCGACCCUUGUGAAGACGAGCCCGAGGGGCAGCCUAUGCCCUUCCAGCGGUGGAACAGGAUCUACUACCGCCCGAGGGCGGACUCCAACCAGGGUCUCACGAUGCUCCUGGUCAGCAAGUUCAGCUCCACGCUGGGCGAGAAGAGAUGGGUCUGCAUCGACCCGACGGGCAGGCUCCAGGUCAUCGACCUCGGGCAGCCCGCGAAGGUGAAGUCCACGAAGUUCGCGGGCGUGAACCACGGCACCUUCCAGGGCCUCUCGGCGACGGAGAAGCAGAAGGCCAUCGAGGCGGCCGACCGCAUCAUCGCUACCGGGUCCGCAUCGACGACAGGAAAGAUCACCAGGGACCACCAUCCUCGAGGUGGAGGCGCCGCAGGACGCAGGUCCCACCGCCGCCACGCGGUGUCGUGGCUACUGAGGCUGGGCUCCAACAUCGCGGGCUACGCUUGGGCCCGUCGGAGCUUAGGUACGGCGGCGGGGUCGACGUUCGUGCUGUGGCGCGCAGUCGUGUACCUCAACGUGGUGGAGUGGGUGAAAUGGAGCUACGCGUCGCUGAAGGAGACAGUGGACACGGUGGAGUAUUUCAGGGAGGAGAUCGAGACGGUGUUCGAGAUGCACGAGUCAGGAGCUCUCGAGCCUCUCUACUUCUCAGUGGGCGUGAUGCUCGUGAGUGGCUUCAUCAUGUCGUGCUGCAGGGACGAAGGCACUCAGGUGUCAGACGCCGAGGAGUCGGACUCGGUGGGAGGCGAAGUUCUGAGGCAGCUGGGUUUGGUGGCCGAGAGGCUCUCCGCUCUCGAGGAGAGGCAGGCGUCGCGCCCGACGGAGCCUCCUCAGCCAACUCCAGCGCCAUCAGCACCUCAAGCCCCAGCGAAGCCUGGGAUCGGCGCGGACAGCUACGACCAGAUGAUGGGGGCCCUCCUUCAGAGGCUGGACCGCCACAAGGAGAUGGUGGAGCAGGGCCUGGACGACUCCUUCAAGGACAUGCGCGAGGUCGCCAAGGAGAAGCUGCAGGCCUACUCCAGCGACGUGGCGUGGACGAUCCCAGGGGGCAUCAAGACGCGCGUGGCCCCGUCAAUGGUGGCCCGCCUGUACCGCAGUGGAGCUUCAGCGGUGGCGAGCAUCAGGGAGAUGAUUCGCACGAAGCAGCUGGACGGCAACCACAUGGCGGAAGAGGCCCUCCUCAUCAGCAUGAUGCUCGACCGAUCCAUGGUGGAGGCGCCGGCCGACUGGAUCAACUACAAGACGACGGAGUUGGCGAUGCGACGCCUCCACGGCAUCGAGAGGGCCUUCGAGAACGUCAAGCAGAGGUCGGACUGGAAGCCGCCCAACGGCUCCAAGGCGGGCUGGAAGUCUCGAGUCAACUACGCCCUGCUGGAGGAGCUCGACACUACCAAGUCGGAUCAGGAUGGCCUUCUCAUCGACGGCGUGGAAAAGGAGCUUCGCGAACGCUUGGCCCACCGCGCCCUUCUCGCCAAGUCCCUCGACAAGCUGCAGGACAAGAAGCACUCAACGAGCAAGGACGACUGA